AUGGUGCAGCGCGGCCAUUUUUUGGACGCACAAUCUGCCAAAGACGAUGGGCGUGCUUGCGAUGCAGAGGAGGAUGCGUGUGAAGAGGUAUCGUCCUGUUCUACGCUGCGGCAAAUGCUAGCUGCGCUAGCUCGCAGCAUGCCCAAAUCGGCGUAUACGCCCAUGGAAUCGAGCGCUCGCCCCGACACAUCCACGCUUGCCGCCGCUGACUUUGACGUGGAUGUGCGCUCAGGAUUUUUGCCGCCUGAGCCGCCUAUCUCUCGUUUGGAUGGGCCGCAUUAUGACGUCCGUACGCACGCCGCGUCGAUUGAGCCGAGUUUCUGGGAGGAUAUGCUGGCGUGGGGAAAAGCGAUCCCUAUUCGUGUUGGCGCGCAAUACGAUAAUGCCGAGCAAACGAAAGAAGCGCAUGUUUGGCAUAGUGCAAUCCGGGCAAUGCCUGUGUGCAUGCCCAGCGGCGCGUUUCUGUCCGAUAUUCGCCGUGCGCGGCGGGCCUGCCUCGUCCUCGCAUUCCUCUCGCACAUGUAUAUACACGCGCAGCCCGACUUGGGCCAAUAUGAACAGGAUGAGCACAAGGCCGAAGAGAUUGCGCGUGUGAAGCGAUCGAGGCACGGUGCGGAAGGAAAAGACGACUUUGUGUCGCGCCUCCCUGCAUCCCUCGCUGUGCCGUGGAAGCUAGUGAACGAGCAACUAGGUCUUCCUCCCGUCCUUACUUAUGCCACCACAGUGCUCUGGAAUUGGGCGCUGGAAGACCCUGCUGCGGGCAUGCAGCUUUCCAACUUGCGAAUACUGGAAACAUUUACCGACACGGAGUCCGAAGCGCACUUUUACCGCAUCUCUCUCCUGAUCGAGCUCCAGGGUGUCGAGGCAAUCACGCUCAUGCGCAUUUCCCUGAACGAGGCAUUCGCACGCGACGCGCUGGCCUACCAGCGCCUUGCAUCCUAUUUGACAGAGCUGGCCGCAACGAUCAAAAAACUCACACGGCUCCUCGCAGACAUGUACACUGGUUGCGACCCAAUGACAUUUUACCACGAGAUCCGCCCGUGGUUCAAAGCGGGCGACAGCAUGUGGUCCUAUGAGCACGGUGUGCGACGAAGCGGAUGGCUACUGGAAGGCGCCGAGCAAGAAUGGGUAAACUGGACGGGCCCGAGUGCCGGACAAAGUACGCUGAUCCACGCUCUGGAUCUCUUCCUGGACGUGGACCAUGCACGGCGCAAGCGCGGCGCGGAGUACGACGGGAAUAGCAGCGACACCAGUUUUAUGGAACGCAUGCAGGCGUACAUGCCCAGGUACCACCGUGAAUUUUUACGCCAUCUCCAGUAUGGCAUUCAGGUCGAGCCCGUCUCUGGCUCGCUUCGCGCGGAUGGUGCGGUCGAAACGUCGGACCAUCCAAUCCGCUCCAUGGCCCUCUUGUCUUCGUUGGACAAUGCGGACCAUGCAUUGGUGCAAGCCUAUGAUGCAGCGCUGCAAGCGCUGCGCUCGUUUCGUGACGAACACAUGCGCAUUGCGACACGGUAUAUUGUCAAGCCUGCAAAAGCCGCCGCAGCCGAGGAAAUCCGCGGCACGGGCGGAACAGCGCUUAUUCGCUUCUUGAGCGAUUGUCGCACAAACACCACAAAUGCCAUGGUAAAACGCCAUAUACACAACGCCCCAUAG